AUGGAAAAAUAUGAAGAAGCAUUUAUAUUUCUUGAAAAGUCAUUAGAAAUACAUCCAUAUAAUUUUUUUGUGUUGGGCUAUUUUGUACGAAAUAUAGAUCCAAAUAGAAUGGACUUCUAUAGCUAUUAUUUUAACAAUACAUAUUGGAAUAUGGACAAUGGUUUAUAUCGGGAUUGUGUUGUAGAAAAAUGUAAAUAUUGGGAUCUUGAUGUUGAAUUUGCUAAUAGUACAGAAAUGGCAGGAAGUUUGACAGAA